UCCUUCGUAUCGUUGACACGUCGAGCGGAAAGAGUGCAGCGACAGAUCGAAAUAAAUCGAGGAGAGAAAGAGAGAGAGAGAGAGAAAAAACAAUCGCGCGGUCUCGCGCUCGCUCGUCGAUCGGGCAAAUCACGUUAAUUGCGCAUAUAAUUAUCCUUUUGUCCGACUACGGUGUCCGUCCGUUGGAGAACUUCCGGUUCCGUUGACGUUUCUCGCGGACGCGGUGUCAGUGUCGCGUUGACUCUCGUCGAUGAUCCAUCGGUGAUCGAUAAUACGCGAUAGAUCGUUCGCGUGGUGAACGUUUAUACUCCGCGAGUGAAUUGGUGAAUUUUCUCUCGUGUGUCUGAUAUAAUCGCCGCAAGGACGAUGCUGACGUUCCUGUUCGCCGCGGCGCUCGUCGUCGCGACGCCGAGAAUCUAUGCGAACCAGAUGACCAUGGAUGCAAAGAUACGCGACGACUCCGAUCUGUCUCAGUUUUAUCAGCUUCUGGAAGCCAGUCAAGUGGCCAAUACGACUCUCACAUAUCGCCAUGUGACUGUAUUUGCGCCGACUAAUCGAGCGUUCCAGAAAUACAACGGGAGCUUGAAGAAUCUGGUUCUGUAUCAUAUGUCGAAUCGGCCUUUAACGAUCGAAGAGCUAAGGGAUUCGAUAUCCUCCGAACUGGAGGGCAAUCCACCUCUAUGGAUCACUAGGGCACCAGGAAAGCACGGCGUAGACGUAUACAUUAAUAACGCAAAGAUUAUCCUGAAUCAGAGCAACUUCCAAUCUAAACUGAAAGUCAACGGCGACACCAUGACUCAGGUUUUGCAUAUCAUAAAUGAAGUGCUGGAGCCAGUGCGAUCCAAUUCGGCGGAGUCGCCUAUCUACAAUCCGAACGCGUUUAUAUUCCUGAACCAGAGCGAGAAUCUUAAUUUGGGCGACCAUCGCAUACGUACCUUCCGACAGCGGAUCAACAUCGAAAAGAAGCAGUCUAUCUUCAAAGCCGAGGGUCGUUUUACCUUUUUCAUCCCCGUUGACGAAGGUUUCAAGCCGGAACCGAGGCCGCAGAAGAUUGAUAAGGUGGUGAUCGACGGGCACGUUUUACCCAACGAAGUCCUGUUUACUUCACCGACGUCUGAAACUAUUGAGUAUAAAACUCUCGUGUUUUCCGACAAUCUGAGAGUCACCGUCAGCUUCCUGAAGGCGAACAAUAAAGUCUACGUUCGAUCAGACACGGUAAUCGGCGAUUCAAGUCAUCCGUCCGGAGUGGUGCUGGCAGAGAUAGUGAAGGCGAACAUCCCGGUGCGCAACGGUGUCGUUCAUCUGAUACAACGACCGCUUAUGGUGGUCGACACCACCGUAAAGGAUUUCCUCGAGUCCUUCAAGGGCAUCGAAAAGGAGGACGGGCCGGUGUUCAGAUUUUACGAAGCCAUCCGCGACUACGGGGAGGAUAUGAUGAGCACCAUCAGUCACCUGCGUGCCGUCACUCUCUUCGCGCCUAGCAACGAGGCGCUGGAGGAGCCUGGCGUGAAACAGAUUAUGCAGGACAGGAAACGCAUCAAGGAGAUCCUCAAGCUGCACUACGUCAAGGAUAAACUACCCCUCGAGUCCAUCAAGAAUAAGAGCGUCAACCAAAUACCGUUGAGCGGGAAGUCAACCCUCGGGGUGCAGACCGCCGCCGAGAAGAAGAAGCUCUACUUCAACGUGGUGGAAGGCCCGAGGGGGAACCAGACUGUCACCGUCGAGGGUGGCGGCGUGAACGCCACCAUCAUUACUGCCAACAUCGCCGCCACCAACGGGAUUAUCCAUAUAAUCGACAGGUUGCUCGGGGUUCCCUACACCACCGUGCUCGACAAACUCAGGACCGACCCGAUGCUCAACGCGACAUACGUCCUGGGUCAGCGACGCAGCUUCAACGCUCAGCUGAACGACACGACGAAGAGAUUCACGUACUUCGCUCCGCACGAUGAGGCCUGGAACAACGCGGCGACCAGCUACCCGUCAACCAUCAAGAAACUCUUCAUGGCCGAGUUUAGUUAUCAUACGAAGCAGAUCCUGGAGCGACACCUCGUAGUCGCGGACCAGGCGUAUACGAUGGCGAAGUUGAGGGAGAUUAGCAACGACACCAUCAAGCUCACGGCGAUGAGGGACAGUUUGAAGAUUCGCGUCAAAGAAGUCGGCGAAAAUGAGAAGUACGACGAAAACGCAAUCCGUCCAGAAACAUCCGGCUACUGGGUGGUCUGGGAUGGCUCCAAGAGAAUCCGUGUCGUCCGCCCGGACGUCGAGUGCACCAACGGGAUAAUCCACGUGAUCGACGGGGUGUUUCUCAAGGAUAGCGACGUGCGAGUGACGGGCGCCGCGUCGCUGGCCAGCCUGGCGCCCCACCUGAUCAUGAUAUUGAUAGCCAAGUGGCUGUUGUAAGCAAACCCUGGAAUCGUGUCGCAUCGUCUCGCAUCUAUGCACAGGUGCGUCUAUUAGGAAUUUCCUUUGGGGCCGUUCUACGAUCGUUUCUCGCGCGAGAAACCGGUCGAUCGUCCUGACGUUGGAUCGCAAUUUCUCUUCGCGGACGCUCGUUACAGAGUGGACCAGGGAGAGAUAAGGGUUGGGGAAAUAGAGAUAGAGUCCGAAGAUCCCGAGAAUCCGCGAGACCGAAGAUCCAGGGACCUAACGAGCAGAGGACAGCAACGAGGAUCGGAGGAUACGCGAAGAUUCGAAGGGGAAUCUAGAGAUCUGCGGAGAAGAUGACGUUCGACGUUACAACGAUCGCACGAUGGGGGACGACGGGAGGACGACCGAGCACUCGCGAUCGCAUGGCCUCAAAAACAAGCCAGGAUAGCCUAUUAUUUAUUGAGUAAUGGUCCGUGGACGUAGCGGGACAAUUUUACGGGUUAGAAGCGUUAAUUGUACCAAAUAAAUGAUUAAUCGUA